AUCAUCUGUUGCACAUUUAGGCGUUGUUUCCAAGUGAGUUUCAAUUGUGUUAGAAAAACAGAAGCCUGUUGAGCUUGGACUCCCCUUUCGAUUUUGGGUUAGAAAAACAGAAGCCUGUUGAGCUUGGACUCCCCUUUCGAUUUUGGGUUAGAAAAACAGAAGCCUGUUUGCAUACAAUGAUGGAAAAGCUUGAAAACCUGCAAAGUGGGGAAGGAGAAUAUCUCGGCUAGGGUUGUGAUUGCAGUUGGAGUCGAUGCAUCACAUUUAAUCUGGUCUGUCACCAUUCCGGGUACUUGUAUUGAAGACCUUUAAGUGCGCAAUGGAAGAAGAACAAAUCACAGCGGCACGCACCAGAGUCGGGUGGAUAGGAACAGGCGUAAUGGGCUCAGCCAUGUGCGCUCGGGUGCAGGCCGCUGGCUACCAUGUCACCAUCUAUGCUCGCACGCCUGCGAAAAUUUCAGCUCUCUGCCUCAAUGGCGCAGCCUCCGUGGAGUCCCCUAGGGCUGUGGGAGAACGGAGCGACGUUGUCUUCACCAUAGUCAGCAACCCUUCCGAUGUCCGCCAGGUCAUAUUGGGAACCGACGGGGUCCUUUCAGGUCUCGCCCCUGGCGGCAUUCUCGUGGAUAUGACCAGCAGCCAACCCUCCCUAGCCAGGGAGAUUUUUGAGCAGGCCACUGCCAAAGGCUGCGAUUCUGUGGAUGCACCUGUCAGUGGAGGCGACAGAGGCGCUGAAAACGGUACCUUGGCUAUCUUAGCGGGCGGUCGCCGGGAAACCGUGGCUAAGCUGGAGCCCCUAUUUAGGUGCAUGGGUUCGGCUACUUAUUUGGGCCCGCCGGGCUCCGGGCAGACUUGUAAGCUCGCAAAUCAGAUCACGGUGGCCGGGAGUCAGUGCGGCUUGAGUGAGGGUUUGGUUUUUGCGCGCAAGGUGGGUUUGGAUGUGAGAAAGUAUCUAUCAGCGAUCAGUGGUGGUGCGGCAGGGUCGAAGGUUAUGGAGUUGGUAGGCGAGAGGAUUAUUGAGCGGGAUUUCGCGACGGGCGGUCCUGUGAAGUAUAUGGCCAAAGAUUUGGGUAUGGCGUUGGAAGAGGGCGAGAAAAGGGAGGUUUCAUUGCCCGGGAGUGCGCUGCUUGAGCAGCUUUAUGUUUCUCUCAAGGCCAAUGGAGGUGGAGAGCUGGGGCUUCCGUCUUUUAUUACUGCAUUUGAGCGCCUCAAUAACCUCUCUUCUCCCCUGCCUACAAACAAAUAGGUAACCCUCCUAUUCUUUUCAUGCCCUAGAUUGCUGUCGAUUUUGCAAUCAGAUUGGUAUUCGCUGUAUCUAUUUUUUCAUGUUUAAGAAAAACCAGUGAUUUGAUGUUUCAAGCUA